UGAAUUCAUACAUAUUUAACGUAGAUAGGACGUCCUGGGAGAUAUAGAUGCAUGCAGACCCAGGCCAGGCCGCCAAUCACUGCCUAGACUCUGUUCUGUAUGCCAUCAAUGAGUGGAGCAUAUAUAUCAUCCAUAUAGCAUAUAAAUACAAUUUCAUUGCCAGCAUGUUUAUUAACUUUUAUCUAUAACAUCUUCAAUCAAUAAUUAUGGAAAAACUAUCUGCCGACCCUGUUGCAGCAUGUUUAUUAAUGGUGGUGGUCUUCCUGUCAGCCUCCGCUAUUGCCCAGACGACAACCAACGCUCCCAUUGCUCGUCCAGGUUGCCCCACCCACUGCGGAAACUUGACGGUUCCCUACCCAUUCGGAAUCGGGAUAGGAAGUCAAUGUGCACUUGAUCCCGGAUUCGAGAUAACCUGCGACUUUGUCCAUAACAUAUCAGAAACCCAGAUUUCGUUUUUGCAGCCCCCAAGGAUACCAACCAAUUGCUACGACUCCAAAGGAGCAUUGGUUCGUAAGCCGCCAUUUCAAAACUCAACUUAUUGGCCACUGCUCAUACAAAGAAAUUAUCACUACAGCCUCUCCCCUGUAAACAAGAUAACAACUGUUGGCUGUGACGAUACUCUGGUGAUAUCUGACGGAACCAAUAUUACAUCCACAUGCACUUCCACAUGUUCUAAUGCCUCUCAAGUGCCGGACAAUGGGACUUGUUCGGGUAUCGGCUGCUGCCAAUUACCUUUACCAAAAGGUUUGAACAAGGUCUACAAUGUUAGCACGGUCAGUGCCUCGAAUCACACAAGGGUCUGGUCCUUCAAUCCCUGCUCCUACACGUUUCUUGGAGACACGAGUCGGUUCAGAUUCCUCGGUGCAUCUGAUUUGAGAAAUCCUAAUUUCGCACUGAGGGUUUCUGAAACGGUUCCAGUGGUUCACGACUGGGCAAUUGGAGACUUGAGUUGCAAAUAUGCCCAAAGCAGUAGUGGAUAUGCAUGCCAAGCCAAUAGCCAUUGCGUAGAUUCCGACACGGGAUAUGGAGGUUAUCGUUGCGAAUGCAAUUAUGGUUAUGAAGGCAACCCGUAUCUCACUCAAGGCUGUAUCGAGCGGUCAAUUGGAAACUUGAGUUGCAAGGAAGCCCAAAAUAGUAGUGGAUACGCAUGUCAAGCGAAUAGCAAUUGCGUAGAUUCAGGCACAGGAAAGGAAGGUUACUUGUGCCACUGUAAUGAUGGUUAUGAAGGCAAUCCAUAUCAAAGUCCAGGUUGCACUGAUAUUGAUGAAUGCAAAAAUUCAACGAAUGCAUGUCAACUGGGAUGCAUCAACAUUCCAGGGGGCUUUAAGUGCACUUGUCUUGAAGGGUACUACGGCGAUGGUAGAAAAGAUGGUCAGGGAUGUCUUCUCUUGAAUAAAAAUUCAGUUUUCCCAUGGUUUAAAUUCUCUCUAGGUAAUGAGUUAUAUUUAGUUCUUACUGCAUUUUCAUUUGUUGUUUUAAGAAAUGGUAUGAACUACUCUACCAUCAAUACAGGGACGGUGUUGGGAAUUUUCGCCUUGGUUGCAAUGGCUACUUCACUAUGCUGUAUCAUCAUGAAAAGAAAUAGUGCUAAAACAAGGCUCAAGUUCUUUGAACAAAAUGGUGGUUUUUUACUGAAACAAAAAGUCACCAGAAGUGAUGAAGGUAGUGAUGGCACAGACGAGACUAAAAUAUUUUCUGCCAAAGAGCUCAAGGAAGCUACUAACAAUUAUGCUCAAGACAUGAUUUUAGGUCGAGGCGGAAAUGGCAUUGUAUUUAAAGGAAUCUUACCAAAUAUGCUCCAAGUUGCAAUUAAAAGAUCCAAAACAGUGGAUGACACUCAAAUUGAGCAGUUCAUCAAUGAGGUGGUUAUUCUUUCCCGAAUCAAUCAUCGCCAUGUUGUCAAAUUCUUGGGGUGUUGUUUGGAAGCUGAAGUUCCUUUGCUAGUAUAUGAAUGUAUCUCUAAUGGAACUCUUCAUCACCAUAUCCACCGCGAAACAGGUGCAUCGGGUUGGUUGUCAUGGGAAAAUCGUUUGAGAAUUGCAAUUGAAGCUGCUGGAGCACUUGCUUAUCUUCACUCUGCUGCAUCCAUGCCUAUAAUCCACAGGGACGUCAAGUCAACCAACAUAUUGAUAGACGAAAACUAUACUGCAAAGAUAUCUGAUUUCGGAGCUUCCAGGUUAGUCCCUUUGGAUCGUACACAUGUGGCAACACUAGUCCAAGGAACACUUGGUUAUUUGGAUCCAGAAUACUUCCAAACAAGUCGAUUGACAGAAAAGAGUGAUGUAUACAGUUUUGGAGUAGUCUUGGCCGAACUUCUAACAGAAAGGAAACCUGUGUCACCUUAUUUGAGUGACGAUGAGGAUCGAAACUUAUCUGCAUUUUUUGUUCGAUCCAUGAAUGAGAAUAGACUGUUUCAGAUUCUUGUGCCGAGGCUAGUGAAGGAGGGGACACUGGACCAACUUCAAAGAAUUGCAGAACUUGUGAAAAGAUGCCUUCAACUUAAUGGAGAAGAUAGACCUAAAAUGAAAGAAGUAGUCAGUGAACUUGAGAGUAUAAGAAUGUCCCAUAAGCAUUCUUGGGCGGAGCCCUCUUGUUUUGUACUUGCGGAGGAUGAACCAUCAGAUCUUUAUGCUGUUCCAAUUAGCCCAUAGUGCUUAUUACAUGGGAUCAUGUAUAAUGCCACACAUGAAGGGAUGCAAGAAUACGAACAUAAUGUUACCCGGCCCACAUGAAAAAAUUCCAAUAAUCUAGCAGGCUUUGGCUGUUUGAAGUUUCAUAUAUAAUCGAACUUCAAUGUUUUGUCUUAAUAUAUGCAAUUUCUUUUGGUUUUGCUUCCUUUUCCAAUUAUUAUGCAUUUAAUAGUUUGUUUUCCCAGU